AUGUCUAAGGAUGACACUAAUUCUUGCAAUUCCAGUCAAGAACACGUCAAAAGGGAAGAAAAGGAAGAAGAAGAAAACAACAGUGUAGCUUUAAAUUCUGAAAUCGAAGAUAAUACCGAUGAUGGGUAUAAAACUCCGACAUCGGAGGAGCACAAGAUUCCGGCAGUCGUCCUCAGCUGCCCGCCGCCGGCUCCAAAAAGGCGGAAAAGAUUGGUUCUGAGGAAGCCAGCCGAUUUGCAGAAACAGCUCGAUCGAGGGGUCGAUGAUGAGAAAACGAUCGUGAUAAGAGAGGCGGAUUUGGAUUAUUUGUUGAAAACCCUCGCCGGAGAAUCUAGGGUUCCGUCGACGGGUUCAGGGAAGGAAUGUGUACUUUUGCCAUCACUAUAUGCGUAA